AUGUUGCGACCAACCAACCACCUGCAACCACUGCAACCAAACUACCAGCUGCAACAAGCGAUGGUGCGACCAACCAACCAACUGCCACCACUGCGACCAAACUACCAGUUGCAACCAGUGAUAUCGCGACCAAACAACCAACUGCCACCACUGAUGGUAGUACCAGUCAACCAGCUGCAACCACUGCGACCAAACUACCAGCUUCAACCAGCGAUAGUGCGACCAACCAACCAGCUGCAACCAGUGAUGUUGGCACCAGCCAACCACGUGCAACCAGUGAUGUUGCGAUCAGCCAACCAGCUGCAACCACUGCGACCAAACUACCAGUUGCAACCACGAUGGUGCGACCAGCCAACCACCUGCAACCACUGUGGCACCAAACAACCAACUGCAUCCAGUGACGUUGCCACCAGCCAAGCAGCUGCAACCACUGCGACCAAACAACCCGCUGUAACCACUUCGACCAAACUACUACCUGCAACUAGUGAUACUUCGACCAACCAACCAGUGGCAACCACUGAUGGUGCGACCAACCAACCAGCUGCAACCAGUAAUGGUGCGACCAACCAACCAGCUGCAACCAGUGAUGGUGCGACCAACCAACCCGCUGCAACCAGUAAUGGUGCGACCAACCAACCAGCUGCAACCAGUGAUGGUGCGACCAACCAACCAGCUGCAACCAGUAAUGGUGCGACCAACCAACCAGCUGUGACAACCGAAUCGAGCUCACAGUCACCGGUUGUAAUAGACCCCACAACAGCAGCCAGCAGUACAGAAGAUAUAAAUGAAUGUCUUGAUCAACCACAAAUAUGCAGCAUCAAACCCGGUAGUUACUGCAGUGAUCUUACUAAUGGAUAUACGUGCAUAUGUAAACCACCCCAGUACGAAUCCAAUGGCGUUUGUGUGUCAGGUUUGCAAUUUGGAGGAAAAUUAAAGAUUUCGAUAGCUGGAAAAAGAAAAAAGCGCGCUGUAACUCAACAAACAGUCGAAGAAAUACUGACGCAAUCGUAUGCGAAUUCGAGUGGAUUUGUAAGUGUUACUGCGACGUCUUCAAGUGAUGAAACUAUUUGGAAUUAUCAGUUGUUCUACUCUGCUGAAUCAAAUGUGAAUUCAAGUUACAUUUCAAACUGGUUUUCAGACUAUUUGACAGAACAAAAUUGCAAUGUUGAUACGACAGAACCAUGUUCAAUUGGUGGAAUUCAAGUAGUUCCGAAAACGUCUGUGGCGGCAGCGGGAAAUGCAGGAGAUGUGGUAUGCGAAGCGAACAAGGAUUAUUGUGACGUAACUAGCACACAAUGCCAGGCAACUGGAGGAACUUUGAGUUGUGUUUGCUCGGAAGGUUUCUACACAAUGCCUGGCAAUGAAAGAUACUGCGAAGCUAAAAUUUGUAUCACGAACAGUCACUGUAACGGCCCCAACGGUGUGUGCGUGGUAGACCCAGCAACAUUAGCGCCUUACUGCUCCUGUAACUUUGGCUUCUCUGGACAGAAUUGCAACGAUGCUUGGUUGCUCGUGUUCGUCAUAUUUGCUUGCUGUAUUGGAGGAAUACUUAUUCUCGUUGCUGUAUUUUGCUUUUGGAGAAAACGCAAAACAGCGAAGUCUAAAAGUUACUCGAACGACGUAUGGAUGAAUGCUUACAACGAGCUGGAAGGAGCUGGUAGAACUAACAAUGCGUAUGAAUCUAUAGAGCAGAGGAGUUAUUUAUAG